AUGGAACCGGACUCAAAUUCAGCACCUCUACAACACCACGAAGGAGAAGAGCCACAACCGCAAGACCUUGACGCUCUUUCACACAACCCCCCUGCUCCGCCUGAUGAGUUGUUCGACAUCUCAACGACAGUAGAUCCGAGUUAUGUGAUCUCUCUGAUACGUAAACUUCUACCAGCUAAUGCCAGUAAUAAUCACAACUCUCAGAGUGAUGUUUCUUGUGGCCCCGUGGAAAGAUUGAAUGCUGAUGAGGGGGAAAAUGGUGCUCUUACUCGGUCUAUUGCUCUGCCCUCAUCAAAGGACACGUCUGAGAGCAUGAAAAUUAAUGACGAUUUUAGUGAAAAUGCUACCCAUGGAAGAGAAAACGAAGGUGAGCAGUGUGGUCAUGGUGUGCCGGUGGGAGAAGAGGCUUGGGAAGAGUAUGGAUGCAUUCUGUGGGAUCUUGCUGCAAGUAAAACUCAUGCAGAACUCAUGGUGAAGAACCUUGUACUUGAAGUGCUCUUAGCAAACCUUAUGGUUUCAAAAUCUGUUCGUAUUAUGGAAAUUGGCCUUGGAAUCAUCGGAAACCUGGCUUGUCACAAAGUUCCCAUGAAACAUAUAGUCUCCACGAAUGGAUUAAUUGAAUUAAUUGUGGAUCAGAUGUUUCUGGAUGAUGCUCAAUGCUUAUGUGAAGUCUGCAGACUGUUAACUGCGGGUCUUCAAAGUAGUGAAGGUGUUACUUGGGCUGAGGCAUUGCAGUCGGAACAGAAUCUGACCCAAAUUUUAUGGAUUGCAGAAAAUAGCUUAAACCCACAGCUUAUAGAAAAGAGUGCUGAACUAUUGUUGGCGAUCAUCGAAAGUUCUCAGGAUGUUGUGCAUAUUCUCUUACCACCAUUGAUGAAGCUGGGCUUAGCAAGUCUAUUAAUUAAUCUCUUGGUUAUUGAAGUAAGCAAACUAAUGUGUGAAAGAGCCCCUGAAAGGUACCCAAUUCUUGAUGUAAUCCUUCAUGCCAUUGAAGCUCUUUCUGUUAUUGAUGGUCAUUCCCAGGACAUCUGUUUAAACAAGGAACUUUUUCAGCUACUUUGUGACCUGCUCAAGUUCCCUCAUAAAGUUGAGGUUGCAAAUGCUUGUGUUACAGCUGUAGUUCUAGUGGCAAAUAUUCUUUCAGAUGUACCUACUCUAGCUUCAGAGCUAUCACAAGAUAUGCUUUUCUUACAGGGUCUGCUUGAUGUGUUUCCCUUUACUUCGGAUGACAUAGAAGCAAGGAGCGCACUGUGGAACAUUAUUGCAAGGUUACUGCUUCGAGUUAAAGAAAAUAAAAUAAGCUUAUCAACUCUCCAGCAGUGUGUUUCGGUUCUAGUUAGCAAAUCUGAUGUGAUUGAAGAUGAUCUUCUUGACUGCCAGUUAGGUGGCUUAGGAUUAAAGGCUAGAAAUACAGCUCUCAGAAGGAUCAUCAGUAUAUUAAACCAGUGGACUGCUUCGAACAAUAAGGAGAAUGAAAAUGAUAUAAACAUCAAUAGAUUGUUGGAUUGCUGCUGUAAGCAUUCUGAAGAUGUACCAUCUUCAGUUUCUCAUGACAUGGACCUCAAAGAAUAGAUCAGCAGGAAAAGGUUUGCUACAAUAUCAGAAACCCAGUUCUUUUGACCUCAACAAGGAACACAAGUUGUGAGAACAACGGCUAAGAAAGCUGUGGUGAGAACAACAUUGCCAAAGAGGUAACUGCACCUCAAAUGCCAAAGGAUCUUCCGAGUUCAUAUUUUGAUUAUUUUCUAAUAUCCUGGA